AUGGUCUGGCUGCCGAUCGCGGGAUCAACUCCAGCUCCCUCAUUACAGAUCGGCUGCGUUCACAGUGCACACAACAGGAGGUGCUGGAGUGAUGGGUUUGAUAUUUCAACCAACUACUACGAGAAGGUGCCUGACACCGGCGUAUUGCGCGAAUAUUGGUUCAACAUUGAGAACACCACCGCUGCUCCGGACGGGGUGGAAAUGCCGGUUCAACUGAUCAACGGAACGUUUCCGGGUCCAACGAUCAUCGCCGACUGGGGUGAUACAGUAGUGGUACAUGUCACGAAUGCUCUUCAGACGAAUGGCACCGGGCUUCACUGGCAUGGCAUCCGUCAAAACUGGACCGAUAAUAUGGACGGUGUACCCAGCGUCACACAGUGUCCCAUUGCUCCUGGCGAGUCCAUGACCUAUCGCUGGAGGGCCACUCAGUACGGCACGGGCUGGUAUCAUUCUCAUUUCUAUGUCCAGGCCUGGGAUGGAGUCUUUGGUGGAAUCGUGAUCAAUGGUCCAGCGACAGCUAACUAUGACGUGGAUCUCGGCCACGUCUUCCUAAAUGAUUGGUAUCACAAAACAGCGGAUCAGCUCGUCCUAGAAGCUGCCACUGAGGGCCCCCCCACCGCGCCAAAUGGCCUCAUUAAUGGAACCAACACCUGGGGUAGCCAAGGCUCCCGCUUUGAAACCACCUUGGAGGCCGGGAAGCGAUACCGCAUGCGCCUUGUCAACGCCGCAGCGGACCAGCACUUUCGCUUCAUGAUCGACAAUCACACCCUGGAGGUUAUUGCCAAUGACUUUGUGCCUAUUGUGCCCUGGAACACCACCCAGCUCAGCAUUGGGAUGGGUCAGCGGUACGACAUUAUCGUAACAGGAAAGCAACUGACCAGCGGCGACUUCUGGUUGCGGGCCAUCCCGCAAUCCGCUUGCUCGGAGACUGAGGCCACCGACCUGGUCAAGGGCAUUGUGCGCUACGGCAACCGGUCGACCGCGGAUCCUACCACCACCGCCUACAGCUACACGGAUUCCUGUGAGGACGAGGCCCCCUUCAAUCUGGUUCCCCACCUCGCUCUCAACGCGUCGAGUGCGUACGCAUACAACGACCGCGAGGAUGUGGAGGUCCAGGUCACUGAUAACGCCAUGCUCUGGCUGAUGAACAAGACCUCGUUCGACACCCAGUGGGAGUACCCUACGCUCCUGCAGGUGGCCGAGGGCAAUUCCACCUGGCUCGCGAAGCAACGCGUGAUCCAUCUCCCUGGGGUCGACAAAUGGGUCUACAUGGUCAUCCAUUCCCCGUUCGCGCAAGACCAUCCGAUGCACCUGCACGGGCACGAUUUCUGGGUUUUAGCGUCGGGCUAUGGCGAAUUCGAUCUUUCGAUGAAGUCCAGCUUGCAGCUGAGUAACCCGCCGCGGCGCGAUGUGGUGAUGCUGCCGGCGAGCGGGUAUGUGGUCAUUGCGAUGAAGACCAAUAACCCAGGCGCUUGGCUCAUGCAUUGCCAUAUCGCCUGGCAUACAUCCGAGGGAUUUGCGGUGCAACUCCUUGAACGUGCGUCAGAGAUUGAAUAUGACUCUGCUCAAUUGAAUGCCACCUGUCGAAGUUGGCAGGACUAUGCCUCUGCGCAGGAUGUCAUACAACAUGACUCUGGUGUCUGA